GAGGCUACCGGAGCGCUCGCGUCGGGCACGCCCCCGAGACCCGAUUGGCUGGUCCGCUGGGUCCUAUUAAAGGCUCAGGGACAGGCGCCUUCACAGCCGAGCUGAGGUGACAGGUGCCGGAGAGGCGGUCCGGAUCCUCGGCGUCACCGAGCCCUUCUCUGGGGCAUGGGGCGGGCUCCGUUUCCUUUGUGAGCCGCCCCCGGACCCGGGCGUAGAGGAGACCAUGGCCCCUCCUCAGGGUCCCCGGGCCCCGCUGGAGUUCGGGGGCCCCUUGGGCGCCGCGGCGCUGCUGCUGCUGCUCCCCGCCACCAUGUUCCAUCUGCUCCUGGUGGCCCGCUCGGGGCCGGCGCGCCUCCUGGGCCCGCCCCCCUAUCUGCCCGGGCUGGAAGCCCUGUGGAGCCCGCGGGCGCUGCUGCUCUGGUUCACCUGGCUCGGCUUGCAGGCGGGGCUCUACCUGCUGCCUGCGCGCAAGAUGGCCGAGGGGCAGGAAUUGAAGGACAAGAGUCGCCUGCGCUACCCCAUUAACGGCUUCCAGGCCCUGGUGCUGACAGCCCUGUUGGUGGGGCUGGGGGUGUCAGUCGGGCUGCCCCUGGGGGCGCUCCCGGAAAUGCUCUUGCCCUUGGCAUUUGCGGCCACCCUCACCGCCUUCAUCUUCAGCCUCCUUCUCUAUUUGAAGUCCCUGGCAGCCCCUGCUUCGGCCCUGGCACCUGGCGGGAACUCAGGCAAUCCCAUUUACGACUUUUUCCUGGGACGGGAGCUCAACCCGCGCAUCAGUUUCCUUGACUUAAAAUAUUUCUGCGAACUGCGGCCUGGCCUCAUUGGUUGGGUCCUCAUCAACCUGGCAUUGCUGGUGCAGGAGGUAGAGCUGUGGGGCAGUCCCUCUCUGGCCAUGUGUCUGGUCAAUGGCUUCCAGCUACUCUAUGUGGUAGAUGCCCUCUGGCACGAGGAGAGCAUCCUUACCACCAUGGACAUCACACAUGAUGGGUUUGGCUUCAUGUUGGCCUUUGGGGACUUAGCCUGGGUGCCCUUCACCUACAGCCUGCAGGCCCAGUUCCUGCUGCACCACCCGCAGCCCCUUGGGCUGCCCAUGGCCUCCAUCAUCUGCUUCAUCAACGCUACCGGUUACUAUAUCUUCCGUGGGGCCAAUUCCCAGAAAGACACCUUCCGAAAGAAUCCUUCUGACCCCAGAGUGGCUGAUCUCGAGACCAUCUCUACAGCCACAGGGCGGCGGCUGCUGGUGUCUGGGUGGUGGGGUAUGGUCCGCCACCCCAACUACCUUGGAGACCUUGCCAUGGCUCUGGCCUGGUCGCUGCCCUGUGGGGUGUCCCACCUGCUGCCCUACUUCUACUUUUUCUACUUCACUGCACUGCUGGUGCACCGGGAGGCUCGAGAUGAGCGGCAGUGCCUGCAGAAGUACGGCCUGGCCUGGCACGAAUACUGUCAGCGUGUGCGUUACCGCAUCGUGCCCUACAUCUACUGAGAAGCACCACACCUGCCCUAGGUCCGGGCUCCUGUGCACCCAUCUAGCACAUCCAGCAUGAGGAGCCUGGGCACUACCCAGCCCUGAGCUCCACCAGGGACCUGAGGAGGUGGGCUUGAACAGCCUCACAGAAGAGGUGGCUUGGAGCAAGGAGAAACGGAAGCCAGUGCCUAAAACUGGAGUGGAGGGGGCAGGGAUGGUCUUCCUCCUUUGAAUAAACAUCUGAAACCCUUA